GAAGCACAAGAGGCAUACCGAGCAGAAAUAGUUCAUGAGCUACAAAGCAAUACUGACGAUGAUAUGUCUGCUAACCUGAGCACAAUCAACAACUGGAUACAGAAGUGGAAGCAAGAGCACCCAACUCAUUAAUACCAAAGAUUGAACUAUUCAUUGAAGAUUAUUAAAUUUAAAAAAUGGCAACAAAUAAUAUACUACUGCACCGCCAGGAGCUCACCAUAUCACAGCAAAUUGAAGAAUUAAAGAACUGGCACAGACAGCAACAGUUUAAAUUAAUUUCUGAAAAGUUACCUGGUCAGAAAGACACUUUCAAGGAAACAGCAUCAAGAAAGUCAAAGGAUAAAAAUAUACCGGAGACAAAAGUCCAUUCAAAUCAAAACGACAAUUCAUCAGUACAACAGAACUUCGAUGAAUUGCCAAUUACUGUAACAAAUCCUAAUUUCAUUGAUAUCCUGGAAAACAACAUUCCUACAAAUGAAACUGGAUCAAGUAAUCCAAAUGACAUGCUGCCCAAAAGAGAAGUGAAACCUAAAUUCAAGUUUUUAAAAAGAGGAGAAGGAAUUGCCAGAUUUCGCAUGGGUCCUCAAAAAAUCCCAAAACCUAAACAACAAAAAACACUUACUCUUAAUCUACACAAAGACGGAGAAAAACUUAUUGAUAGAGAUUUAGAUUCAGGAAAGCAAGAAGAUGUAUUAGAGAGAAAACCUAUUUCAAAUACAGUUAAUAUUGAAACACUUGAACCACCAGAUGUACAACUUAAGUUUAAAGAUUGGAGAACUAUAUUGAACAGUGGAAAAGCGGAAGAGAUCAUUGAUAAGGCUAUUGAUACAGACCAUUUAGAAAUCUUUCAGUCGAACUCUAGCCUUGAUUCCUCAAAGGCAUCAAUAAUGGAAAAGUUAAUAAUCCUUGGUAGGAAACAAAUCAAGGAAAAUGAAGAGUUGCGUGUUUUUGAACAAUUAGAACAAAAAAUGUUAGAUUCUAGUUUUUGUUCCACAUCUUCAAACAUAGCAAAACUAAUGGAAAAUGCUAUUAUGUCUACACCGGAGAAGAAAUCAUUCCCAAAGCCUAGUGGUUUAAAUUCAAACAUCCAAACAGAUAAAUUUUGUAAUGUUCCAUCCAUUGAUACCAAGCAUAAAACUGAUGUUCAGAGAACGAAUGAACAGAAACGGCCAGAUCCAAUAUGGAUUGGUCCGGAAAACAUAAAAAUUAUAAAUGAACAGUCCCUAAAUGAAUCUAGCACAGAUAGUUUUGAACCAAGUUUACAUGUAAGGUUUUCUGAUAAAGUUGACUACAAAAGCUUCAUAGAAAAUUCUCAGUCUCCAAAAACCGUAGAUCAAAAGGAGACAUAUGCUGUUGCAGACUUUGACGAAAGUGAGGAGUGGAAAGAAAAUAGUGAUGAUAGUAGUACUACAUGUUGCAGCCAUUGUAGUACAUCAUACAGUUCUUCAGAAGACGAUGUGAGGGCCAUCAGUCCACCAUGUAGGCCUCCUUCAGUGAACAAUAUUCAGAAAUAUCCACAAUGUAAACAGCCAAAUUAUUGUUGUAAUGUACAAAACGGCAGAGAAAUCAUAAAUAGUCAAAAAACAAUAGAUGAUACAAACCUUGCAGCAGACAAUCCAAAGAAAACCAAACAAAGCACGCUUGAAAAUGAUGUCGAACAAAUUGAGCCUAUAUUAAAUGCUAAGGUAAAAGAAUUACUAAAUGAAAUAGAAAAUUUUAAAGCAGAAAACAAGAAACUGAAAGAGCUAAGAGAAAUGUUGGAAAGAGAACGUAAGCAGUUUUUACAAGAGAAGAAGAAACUGUUGAAAGAGGUGGAAGAAGAGAAGAAAACAAAUGCAACUUUUCUUGAAAAUGAAAAGCAAAAGUUAGCCAAAGAGAAAAUGAUUUUUGAAAAAUACUCCAAAUCGUUAACCAAGAAUCCAACGAAGGAAGAGAGAAAAGAAAUAUUAGGGUUAAAGGAGCAACUCAAUGAAAUGAAAGAAGAGUUGAACAAGAAAGAAAGUCGCUGGGCAGCUGCACAAGCUCGUGUAAGAAAUCAGGUUAAAAUUUUGGAAGAAGACAACAAGAAAUUGAAAGAAGAAGUACAGGUUUUAAGAAAGCAGUCAAAACAUUUAGAAUUUUUGUCAAGAAAAAAGAAAGAGAAACCAUUCAACAACACAAAGCUUAUUCAUGCUAUUAGUGACCACUUAUCUAACAUUGCCAUUCCAGAUGAAGAGGGAAAAGGCUACUUCAAUCAAAAGUCUACAUCUUACAAAAUAGUAGAAUGUGAUACAGUUGAUCCAAAGUCAAUAAAUACAGUUAGAGUGAUAAGAGAAUCUGGAACAAAACAUUCCUCAAAAACAGUACAAAACAAAUGCAAGGAACUGAUAGAACUCCCACAAAAACAAAUAGUUCCAAGUGAGAUAAGUAGAAGCGAAGUAAAUUCUGUAUCAGUACAAGAAAAGGCUAGUUCUAGACCAGAAGCACAUUCUAAUCUAAGUUUGGAAAAUGCUACACUCAAAGUUACUUCAGUUGAAGGAGGUGUAACUGAUUCUGUUAAGGAAACAAUCAACCAAGAUGGAAGUGUACAGAAAGUUUAUCCAGAUGGGAGGAAAGAAAUGGUGUUCAAGAACGGUAACAUAAAGAAGACUGACCCUCUGACGGGUAACGAGAAAACUAUAUAUUUUAAUGGUGAUGUUGAAGAAGUUUUAAGAGACGGCACAGUGAAAUACUACUUUUCAGAGUCAAGGAGGUGGCAGACAAUAUUUCCUGAUGGUUUGGAAGUGUGGGACUUUCCAAACGGACAAGUAGAGAAAAACCACACUAAUGGUAUGGUGGAAGUUAUCUUUCCUAACGAUGUUAGGAAAAUUACUUAUCCAGACGGCUCAGAGGAAAUAUUCUAUGCUGACGGCACAACACUCAAGACUGAUGCUAACAAAAGAAAGGUCCUUUGUCUUCCAAAUGGUCAGAAAGAAAUCCAUACAGACGAAUGUGUCCGGAGGGAAUAUCCGGACGGUACAGUGAAGAAAUUGUAUCCAGAUGGAACAACGGAGACAGUAUAUUCCAAUGGUAGAGUGCGAGUGAAAGACAAGCAUGGCAAUUUAGUCAUGGACUCUGGAAGUUUUAGUGAUAAGGAGUUAUGAAUGUGUUUUAAAUUAGUUUGUUCUAGUUGAUUUACAAUGAAAGUAUGUUAUAAUUUGUUUAGAUAAAAACUAUUUAUUAAGGUUAAACAGUUUUUUAUUUUACUAUUUAGACUUGUUAGUCAAAUGCAUACUAUUUAAGUAACUGCAAUACAUUUUUUGUACUUAUUGUAAGAUGUGUAUAACUGUUGUAUACUAAAUCAACUAAUGUAAAUUAUGUUUUGUUUAAUUUUGUUUUAAAUAUUUGAAAAAAGAAAACUGAAUUAAACAAGCCAAAAUGUUGA